AAAAACAAAACAAACCCCAUUUCAAUCCCUCCAUCAAGCAUCACAAUCAACACUCAAGAUUUUCUCUACACAUUUUAACUUAUACUUCUCUCAUUUUCACCCCCCACCCAAAAAAAAAAACCCAGAUCACCAAAUCAAACACACACCAAAAAAACAAAAAACAAAACCAAACAAAUAAAAUGAGCGCGGUUUGCAGGGCUUGGAUUGCGGCGGCGAGUAUCGGAGCCGUUGAGGCCUUGAAAGACCAAGGAGUCUGCAGAUGGAAUGGCGUUUUGAGGUCAAUGCAACAACACGUCAAGAGCAAUAUUAGAUCUUCUUAUUCUCAAGUGCAAAAACUCUCUUCCACUUCUCAACUCUCCACUUCUUCUACUUAUAAUAAUAAUAUGAUGAAUUUGUCAAAGGAGGAGAAGAUGAGGAAAGUUAUGGACUUGAGCUGCUGGGGUCCCAACACUACUAGAUUUUAGAAAUUCAUGAUUUACAAUUUCUUUUAUUUAUUUAUUUAUGAUUAAAUACUAUACUUGCUGCUAGAUCUUUUGAAUUGCUAAUUGGAUGAUCUGGUGUAAUUUUUAAUAUUAUUAAUUAAUGAAAGAAAAAUUUUAUGAUGAGCA